GUUUAGUCGUCAAGCUGCUCGCAAAGAAGGAAACACAUAUCACUCGUGGGACGUAUCCCGGUAAGACACUGGCUGCUGUCACCAGGACGAAUCGUGUACAAUGGCAUCAACUUGUGACAGAGCUAUAGCAACAAUAGCUGCCGUCGUUCUUCAGGAGGCUUCUCUAGAGAACACAUCGAUCGGAGAUGUAAUAUCUGUAAUUGAAACGCAGUAGUUUUAAACUAGCUAGUGUAUAAUAUUAUGACAGGCCAACAGAUGUCCGCUCUUGUUAUGUGAUUAGUUGCAGGUAAGCGCAAUCACGUGCUCUUAUGUAACAUGCGACAGUCUGAAUAAACAGCCGGUCAAGUGGCAGGCUCGUCUCCCUACUCCCGCGUUUGUCGUUCCUCCCUAAGAACCCAACAUUUUUGCGACGAGGAUGGGAUCCAAGGUAGCUAUGAAGUAUAUGUAAAGGAACUUUUGUACGUUUAUCUGGCUGUUUGACGGUACAUUGACGAGGUGUGUUCGUUGCGACGAGUGUGUUAGCCAAGAGCACGUGGUCUGCUGACCUUUGUUUCACCCGUCAGUGUGAAGUAGGAGAAGCGGUAUAGAUGAACAUUGACUUUUGUUUCGCUCUUCUUGAGGCAUUAUAACCGUCACUAUCUUCAGCUCAGAGAUUAUGGCUACCACGGGUUUAGUUUUCGGAUUGUUUGAAUUUAAUCCAAAGAAGUCGACAUGGUAGGAAUGGUGUGAGAUACUGACACAUGUUUUCGUGGCAAACGGAAUUACAGACGAAGACAAUCAGAAAAGCAUACUGUUAGCGUCAUGUGGAACUGAAACUUACCAGUUGAUAAGAGCAUUGGUUCAGCCCGUGAAACCUAGCGAGAAAACGUUUGACCAGCUGGUGGUUUUAUUGAAAGAACAUUUCACGCCAAAACCAUCGGAAAUUGUACCGAGAUUUAAAUUUCAUUCACGGAAUAGGAAGGCUGGUAAAAGUGUAGCUGCCUAUGUCGCGGAAUUGAGAAAAUUGACUGACGGGUGUGAUUUUGGAACGUCUGUACAGGCCAUGUUGAGAGACAGGUUAGUGUGUGGUAUUUGUGAUGACAAUAUUCAGAAAAAGUUGUUGUCAGAGACUGCUCUAACAUUUAGUAGUGCAUUGAAAAUUGCUAACGCAAUUGAGGCGGCAGACAAGAAUCUACAGGAUCUUCACGGUGAUAAAAUUGUGGGCCAUUCAGUACACAAGUUUCGCAGCAAGCCAUCAGCACAAUGUACCAAAGACCAGAGGCCUCAUGUUGGAUCCGGAAAUAACAAACCUUGUUUUAGAUGUGGAAAAACUACUCAUGCUCCACACAUGUAUUUUUAUAUGAAUGAGAAGUGUCAUAAGUGUGGAAAACGUGGCCAUAUUGUGAGCUUCUGCAGGUCAGAAGAAUCAAUUCCGCAGAAACAGAAUUCUAAGGCUAAAUUCAAGGGAAGACAGAAAGUGAAUGCUGUAGUGAGUGAGGUGAACUAGUGUGGCCCAGGUAACAGCAGUGCUAGUGUGGAAGACUUGUUGCUAUUUCAUGUUAGUUCUCAGCCUUCUGCUAAAGGUGAUCCAAACUACCCAAACCCCUACUACAUUACAGUGGAUGUUAAUGGCACACCAGUGACGUUUGAAGUUGACACGGGAUGUCCAGUGACCAUUGUGAAUGAGCAGACGGCUCAAAGAAUUGGCCUUCAGUCAUCGACAUUGUACACAUCGCAAGUAUCCCUGCAAAGUUAUACAGGACAGGAAGUAGAUUUGAAUGGUUAUACUACUGUGGAAGUAUCUUACGAGGAGAGAUCUUACUCCUUACCGAUUUCCAUAGCCAAGGGUAAUGGUUCCAAUCUUUUAGGUCGUACAUGGGUACAGCCUUUGAACUUUGACCUGAGGGAUGUUUCGGUGAACCUGAUGACAUCUACAGAUUUGACACUUAAUGAUGUUCUUGAACGACACUCAGCUGUUUUUGAGGAAGGUCUUGGAACACUUGAGGGAUUCCAAGCUCACAUCUACGUGGAUAAAGAUGCAACUCCGAAGUUUUUCAAACCUAGAUCUGUGCCGUAUGCAAUACGUCAGAAGAUAGAAGUUGAACUGGUCGCUUGCUGAGUGAAGGCAUUAUUGAGCCAGUCAAGCAUUCUGAGUGGGCGUGUCCCAUUGUGCCAGUCAUUAAACCUGAUUCUUCUGUCAGGAUUUGUGGAGAUUUUAAACUGACAGUGAAUCAGUUAUCAAAAUUGGAGCAAUAUCCAAUACCGACGUUGAAGAUUUGUGCACGAAGCUAUCUGGGGGUGUAAAGUUCACCAAACUUGACAUGAGUCAUGCGUAUCAACAGUUAGUCUUGGAUGAAGAAUCGCGAAAAUAUGUCGUGAUUAACACCCACAAAGGACUCUUUAGGUACACAAGAUUGCCAUUUGGAGUAUCUUCGGCACCCGUUAUCUUUCAACGGAUGAUUGAAAGUAUACUACAGGGACUCGAUUACUCAGCGGGUUAUCUCGACGAUAUCAUGAACUCUGGAAUCGACGACAGUGAGAAUCUUCGUAUUCUGGAUGAAGUACUUCAUCGAUUGUCAGAAGCAGGACUACGUUUGAGAAGAAACAAGUGUGUCUUUAUGGCUGAUGAAGUUGAAUAUCUUGGCUAUAGACUUGACAGUGAAGGUUUGCAUCCAGUGGAGAAAAAGAUUGCUGCAAUUCAGGAAGCUAAGGUCCCUGAAAAUGUGAAAGAAUUGAGAGCUUAUCUUGGUAUUCUGAACUACUACCAUAGAUUUCUACCCAAUCUGCCAGACACUCUCUCCCCCUUGUAAAAGUUGCUACAAAAAGAAAUGAAACGGUCAUGGAGUACAUCUCAACAAAAAGCGUUUGAGAAGUCGAAGAACUUGCUUCAGUCUUCGGAUGUCUUGAUUCAUUUUGACAGCUCCAAGCCACUUUUCCUGCAGUGUGAUGCAUCCCCCUACGGAGUAGGUGUUGUGUUGGCUCACCAACUGCUUGAUGGUUCGGAGAGACCUAUAAGUUUUGCUUCAAGGACACUGACUAAGGCGGAGCAGAAUUAUUCUCAACUUGAUCGUGAAGGACUGAGUGUGAUCUUUGGACUGCGAAAGUUUCAUAAGUUUUAUGUUUAUGGACGUCAUUUCCAGAUCGUGACAGAUCACAAGCCGUUGGUGUCAUUAUUCAAUGAGAAUAAUCCAGUGCCACAGAUGGUGUCUCCAAGAAUUCAGAGAUGGUCAGUGUUGUUGACUGCAUAUGACUAUAAAAUUGUACACAGGAAAGGUACACAGCAUACCAAUGCAGACGCAUUGAGCAGGUUGCCAGCGCCUGACUCAGGGAAGCCUAUGGAAGGGAUGACAGUCUUAAUGCUUCAGGAAUUGGACACGUGCCCUCUGAAGUCUACAGACAUAAGUAUCCAGACUGGCAAGGACUGAACAUUGUCUAUUGUUCGAGAAUUUGUGAUCCGAGGUUGCCCGCAGCGUGACAAGUUGGAUGACCACUAUGAGCCGUACUACAGAGUUCGUUCUGAACUCAGUGUGAUGGAUGGAUGCUUAUUGAGAGGUUCGAGGGUCAUCAUUCCAUUGAAACUCAGAUCUGUCAUAUUGUCAGAGUUGCAUCAGUCCCACCCAGGACUCACCAGGAUGAAGGGCUUGGCCCGAAGCUAUGUUUGGUGGCCGCAUCUAGAUGCUGACAUAGAAACAACAGUAAACAGUUGUGAUUCCUGCCAGGAAGACAGGAAAUGUCCAAGUGUAGCUCCCGUACACCCUUGGGAGUAUCCUUCUCAACCUUGGCAAAGACUGCAUAUGGAUUAUGCUGGUCCAUUCAUGGGUAGCAUGUUUCUUAUAGUGAUUGACGCCUAAUCCAAGUGGAUCGAAUGUGCACCUAUGUCAUCGUCAAAUGCAAAGGCUACAAUAAACCAGCUGCGUCGGAUGUUUGCAGCUUAUGGCAUACCAGAAAUUAUUGUAACUGAUAAUGCUACAGCUUUUGUUGGGGAAGAAUUUGCUACAUUUAUGUCCAGAAAUGGAGUUGAACAUGUGACAACAUCCCCUCAUCACCCGGCUGGGAAUGGCUUAGCAGAAAGGGCGGUUCAAAUAAUAAAAGAUGGAUAAAAGAAGACAACUGGUGACACAGUUGCAACUCAACUCCAUAGGUUACUGUUUUCUUAUAGAAUUACACCACAUUCUACAACUGGUGUAUCACCUUCAAUGUUGUUUCUUGGACGCAGAUUGCGUUCGCGAUUGGACUUGAUGUUUCCAAACCUUACCUCAAAGGUGAAAAAGAACCAGAGAAAACUUGUAGAUCAGUCAGCUCUAACGAAAUGUAGGGCAUUCCAAGUGAAUGACUCGGUGUGGGUUAAGAACUUUGCUUCAGGUCCAAAAUGGAUUAGUGGACAAGUUGAUAGUGUAACUGGUCCAUUGUCGUACAUCAUCAAGUUAACAGAUGGAAGAUUGGUCAGAAGGCAUGUGGAUCAUGUCAGACGCAGGAUGUCUUUAUCUUCACCCCGGAGGGACGUGAUUGAACGUUCAGACACUCCGCUAGAAUCGCAGUCUUCACGAAGGAAGGAGUAUGAAUCAGACUUACCUGACACAUCACAGGUAGAUUCCCAUGAGGAAAGUUUCCCAGGGAAUGUUUCAAGUGUACCAGAUAUGUCUGAACCGGGGGAGGAAACGCCGGUAGUGACAUCGCCUGUAGCACCCAUACUUCGUCGUUCAACCAGAGUGAAGCAGCAACCGUCUUAUCUGAGGGACUUUGUGUCAAAGUGACAUUUGAGUGAACUGUGACUGUCAUUUACAGUGAACUAUGUGUCAAGGUGGCAUUUGAUAUGGCUGUGAAUUACAGUUACUUGUAUCAGGACUAUAAUACUUCAGCAGGUUAUCAGUAUUGUUAUGUGUCGGAAAAAAACUCAGUUUAGUUGAAUUUCACUUUCUACUUUAACAAUGUUUUCAUUAUGACUGUAACUUGUCAAGUUAUCAGGGUUAUUAGUACUUUACAAGGGUCAGUGUACAUUGUUAGGUUACUUAUAAUUUAUGAAGUCCCGUAGACUGUGUUGUUUAUCAAAGAUUAUUUCUUUUGUUUCAAAGUAACUUAAAUUUAGGAGGGGCGGAUGUAAUAUCUGUAAUUGAAACGCAGUAGUUUUAAACUAGCUAGUGUAUAAUAUUAUGACAGGCCAACAGAUGUCCGCUCUUGUUAUGUGAUUAGUUACAGGUAAGCGCAAUCACGUGCUCUUAUGUAACAUGCGACAGUCUGAAUAAACAGCCGGUCAAGUGGCAGGCUCGUCUCCCUGCUCCCGCGUUUGUCGUUCCUCCCUGAGAACCCAACAGGACAUAAGGAUAUUUUGAAGACAUGCAUCAUUGCCAGCUUAGAACAGCACACCCAUCGACUGCAGCAGAUGCUACGUUCUGAGGAUGGGGCUAAAGUAAACAUAGAAGCAAUGAAGAAGACAUUGGGGCACAUGGAUGACUACCUGAUGCAAUGUUUCAGACAGAGGCAUGCUGAGUUCGACUGUGAAACUUGUGAAGAUCCCGACCCUGCGACAACCGGCAAUCAUGCCACUGUAAUCAAGAAGCUAUCACCUGUGCUCACCAAUGAUCUGCGGCUAGAGGGAACCCAUAUUCUUGACAGGCUACUUCAAGAAGAUGUCCUGUCUGAGGCAGGCAGGAGCAGUAUUCUCACUCACCCGUCUACUCAUGCAAAGAACGCAGCUUUCCUGAAGUUUUGCAAUGGCUGUACUUCUUCACAAUUCACGGCAACAAUUGUUCCUGCUCUAAAGGCAUGCAAUGAUGAAGUGAACACACAGUUAGCGUGUGAAAUUGAAAGGGAAUUGUCCCUCCUGCCUCAAAUUGUUCACGAUUCAAAGCGAUCUCUCUGCAAGUUCUGUAGUAUCCGGAGUAGGGUGAAUCUUCGCAGACUGGCUGACGUUAUGUAUCAGAUGAAUGCCAUAUCGGAUCAGCAGAGGGAAGACCUGUCAUCCCCCUACCUGUCACAUGAUAAAAAAAGGAAACAACUGGUGAAAAAAACAAAACAGUUUGCAUUGUCUCUGAAGAAGAAAUAUCCUGAACUUUACCAAGAUGUGCGAUGGACACCGUUCAGUGCACUGUGUUGCUCGUGUGAGGAUGUUAGCACCACUGUAAACACACACGAAGAAACUGAUAAUGAGUCAAGGGCACAUAUUGCAAGGUUAUCGGAUGUCGAAAGUGAUUUGGAGAAUACUGAGAUACACGCAAAACAGUUCAGUAGUGACUUGUUGAAACAAACAGGAGAAACAUUAUGGCAAGUUGGCAAAAUACACUACUGUAUCAGCCUGUCAGGAUGCAAUGCACGAUGGAACACUCAAUCUCCCGUUUGGUCACUGGGCUUUACGAAAUCACAACUCACUCAAAGUGUGAUGGUGUCGUACUUUCGGUGACAACUAGUUUUAAAUUCUGAGUGUCUUACCUUGACCUUUGUUGUCCCCACUUAACUGUUUCACAUACAUCCUUUGUGAUAAACAUGCAAUGUACUUUGUAGACCAGUGUAAAUAAAUCAGUUGUGUUUUGUUCUCUUACAUGUACGAUGAUUGUGCUGACUGGAAGCAUUCAGAUAAAAUGUUGUUUUCAUAUACUUAGUACCAUGAUGUAUUUUCCAUAUAUGAAUAUGUGUAAAUGUGAAAAAUAGCUGUAGCAGGUUGUAACUGAAGAUUCUGGUUUUGUGAUCAAUGAAGAUAGUGAGUUCA